CCGACGGUUCUUCGCCAUCGUUCGAUAUGACCCUCUCAUUUCGUAGCUUCCAGAUUGUGAAUAUUGACUCGGAUAUGAUAAUGUGGUGGAGCCGGGUGAGCCCUUUCACUACCCGGCCGUUUCUCAGCUUUAUCCGGGUGAGACCUUCUCCCAGGAGGCCUCCGAAAGUCGGAGUGACCCAGGGUUGGCCCGUGGCUGACCAUAGUUUUUCGGCCAGUUUCCAAACCUGUUCCUGACCCGCGCACUGACACUCUAGGAGAAUAUGGCGGAGAUCUUCUGUAACUCCGCAUGAUGUACACGUUCCUCUGUCCGUGCAGUCUGGUAUGUGUUUCCAGAAUGUGCCUAUCCUGUGCGCUUCGUGCAUCGCUUUCCAGAGGAAGUUUCUGACUUGGCGUGAGAAAUCACGCGAUCGUAUUGAGGCCCAGACUUGGUCUGCCGUCGGUCCAGCCUGUGUGCCACGUGUGUACUCUCUUGAUACCUCCUCCACGUUUCGUCGUGUCGCUGGCCGCACCGCUGUUUCUUUCUGGGCCCGGAUCGUAGCGAGGUCUGGUCGGGUUGUCGCCAGGAGGCGGGGUAGGGGGGGGGUAUUUGCCAGGGCAGCUUGCUUGGCAGCGGUGGUGGUCUGGGAGAGGAGGGUUUCUUCGGCAGAGUGUUUUCCUGGCAUGCCGAAGGUGGUUUGGCCCGUCCUGCCUCUAAUCUCGGCGGUCAGUGGGCGGAGUAUGUCCUUAUCUGGUGUCGUCUUCCACUAUGAUUUUCACAUUUGUUAUCCUGUGGAUUCGUUUCAGGCCCGGGCAAGGAAGUUUGUAUUUCUCGGGUCCUCUGGUCCGAACCAAACUGCUAUCCCCAGUCGGGGUGAUUUUGGAUCCUUGGGGGCAGAGAGCUCGGGUGCGGGGUCGACUUCACACAUAUUCGGAAGCCGUCUGUUUUGCUCGCUGUGGGGGGGAGGGACAGCUGCUUGGUCCUGUUGUCUCUCUCGCCUUCUGUUGCUCUCUGGGGCAGGCUUCCAGUGUCCUUGGGGAUCCAUCUUAUUCCAAGCUGGGCUAGUCUAGAGGGGACAGCUCUCGCGCAUGCGUCUGGGUUCCGGCAGCCAAGGGACUCCCGGUCAGAUUUGCAUUGGGGGCAGUCACAUUUGGUGCUCUCCCGGUGGUCCUUGUUACGGAGGCGUUCUGCUACUGGCAUUGCUGACAGGAUGUCGCUGACGCCAUGGUUUCGGCGGAGGCACCUACAGCGGGGUGUGUUGUUGCGUUGGGUUUGCGUUGGGUCCUCUCCUGUGUGGUGGAAGAGGGGCAUUUGUUGGAGCAGGGUUUGCGUUGGCUGGACUGGUGCGAAACUUAGGUUGUAUCUUUUUGCGAUUCGAAGCAUCUCCCGUAACUCAGUCGUUAGGAGUUUCCGAUUCGGGGUCCAUGUUUGUAGGAACAUGUUAUCAAAGGAUUCGUUGUCCAUCUUGGAGGCUCUUGUAGAGGCUUUCUCAAGUCUACUGUCGGCAAAAUAUCCCCAAUCUGCUCGGGUCGUGGGGUCUAGGUCUAGGAAGGAUUGCAGCUUGAGAAUGGUGAGGGCGUCGUUCCUAGCUUCGAGGUCAAGAAGGUUUUUACCCCCCUGCCUAGUUGGUUGGGACAGGGUCGCCCUCUGGACGGGAGAUGAUUUCGCUCCGCCCCAUAUGAACUCUCGCUGUGCUUGAAGGAGGUGUUUUGUUACCGCUGCUGGCAUUCCAUUUACCAUUGUAAGGUACUGCGUCAUGGAGCCCGUGAUGAUCUGGUCUAUGUGCCUCCUCGCUUCUAUUGUGGGGAACAGCUUCUCCCACUGUACUCGGGCGGCAUCGGUUUUCUCCAGCAUUGGUGUCCAUAGGGCGAAAGGUUCUAUCUUGUUGCCUAUAUAGCCUCCCAGUAUCCUUACCGCUUCGCCAUCCUUGGCAAUGUGUGCUUGGUCAAUGCUGUCAGUGCUGUCGGCCAGUGUCUGCGUCGAGAUGAGGUGCUCCCGAAAUUCUGUGGUCCCAAGUGGGAUGAUUUCCGUCUUUUCCGUGUUGAAUUUGGCGCUCGAAGCAGCGCACCAUUUGUCUAGAACGUGUUUCAGGUCUCUAAACUUGUCUUCGGCUGAGAGAUAGACUGUUGUGUCGUCUGCAAACAUUUUUAUGACAAUACUUCUGUCUACUUUGGGCACUUUUAUUCCUUUCAGCUCUGAGUUCCGUAUCAGAUCAGCCAGGGGUUCUAUCGCUAGGUUGAACAAGAGGCAUGAGAGCGGGUCUCCUUGCCGCACUCCUCGGGUGAUGCCGUAUGGGGAACUGAGUUCUCCAUUGAUUACUACUACUGUUUCUGCACCGGUAUAUAGGGCCUUGACUGUAGCUAUAAAAUUUGCAGGGAUUCCCUGUUUUUCCAGCGUCCGCCACAGAUAGCGGUGAUUUGUUUUAUCAUAGGCUUUCUCUUGAUCCAGCGCAACGAUUGCCCCGUUGAUCAUUUGUUCCUCGGAGUAUUCCACUAUCUGUUGGGCUAGGAAGAUUUGGUCUUGGAUCUUCCUGCCUUUCAUGAAGCCUGCCUGGUCUCGGUUCACUAGUUCUGGCGCUGCCAGUGUCAGCUUGUUGGACAGGGCCUUUGUGAACAGCUUAUAGUCCGUGUUUAGUACAGUGAUGGGUCUAUAGUUUGCGAUAUCCUCCUUGUCUUUUUUUUUCCAGAUAGGGCACAUCCAGCCCAUCGAGAAGUUCGAGACGGCAUCAACUCCCUU